AUGGCUAACGGCAGCGGCCCGAUCCAUAAAACUAUAGCUAUCAUCGGAGCUGGAGGCGAUGCAACCACGGGAAGCUUGAUCUACAUGCUUGGUGGUAUCGACUUGAUUAUGCUUGGGAAGUUGCAGGAGAAGGGCAUCGAUUCAUAUGCCGAUGCUGCUCGUGAAUUGAAAAACACGAACAAGGAACUGUACUUUUACACUCCGCGGCACAGAAUUACUGUUCAAGGUCUUCCAAGCAUCGCUCACCAGCUCCUCAAAGCUGAUGGCCUUAUUCUCGUUGUGACACCACCGUCUCAGGCAUCCGAUAGCUUUUUCGUCAAGAGUACCACUGAUCAGCUCAAGGAUUCAGUAACAUUCUUUGCACAGAAAAAAGCAGCCGUCUUCGUCAGAACCUCUAAUGACUUUCGGUGGUCGGAAAGCGUAUAUAAUCAAUUGGUCGAGAAUUUGGGAGCCAAACUCCAAGAACUCGAUAUUCCAACCGAGGGCAUUCCUAUCAUUCCAAGUAUCCAGCGAAAUGAGAAUAUCAUAGAACUCUCUCCCAACACACCCUGGUACACGAAACCCACGCUGGUGUCUGCACUGGAUGAGAUACUUUCGUGA